AUGAAACGUCACUGCCUAAGCCCCAGCCGCACAUGGCUUCUACCAGACAACUUUGCCGACGAGCUUGUCUAUUGCGAGGCCGUGCCCAAGUCGGCCGACGACGUGCUCUACUCGGGAUCCGAAGACGAGGCCUAUGACAAUUCCGACGACCGCCGUGCUCGCUACGAAACCCAAGCCCAGCGCUUCCUGAAUGGCCACGAGCCCGUCCUGCUCUCGGCAUCACUGCGCGGCCCUUUCGGGGGGAAGCAUGGCUGGACCAAUCCCUGGCGCUCUACUUCGGCAUCGGCUCUGCAUCACCACCACGUCGAAUCCAGCCAGAUCCUGGGCACCGCCACUUCCUCCAUGCCUCCCCCCGAGACCGUCCGACCCAAGUCUCCCGCACGCGCACAUCGAUUCCUCAACAAUGAAUCGCUGUGCCGCGUCGACAGUUGGCGGCAGGGCAUCACGACGGACAUCUGCACCAACCAAGCGUCGUCAUCUCAGGGCGCUUCCAUUACUGAAUCUGAAGACUCCAUUUUACCAGGCACCCAAUCGGCUAGAGGCAAUGGCACUUCGAGAACACUAGAGGUUCCUAUAUCGCUACCUCCCGUUGAAUACGAUCUGCCAAACGCCACAGAUUCCUACCCCACGCUCCGACAAGCAUCCUACCGUGACGAAGAUGUUGACAUGGCCAAUUCUCUGCCGCAUACCAACCAGCCAUCUACACCCGAGACCAAACGCUCUAGUCUGCCGACCCCUGACUUCACCUUGUCGAUCAAAUCCUUUAGAGAGUUUAUGACUCCGUCCCCUCAACGCCCUACAAAGAUACGUCGCAUCUCCACGGCAGAUGGCGGGUAUUUGCCAAGCACACAAAUCCUCGUGGACGCUGCGAUCUCUAACCCUUGGGCCAUGCCGUCGACGAAAAAGAGGAGUCACAACAGGAUAAAGAAACAUGUAACAUGGGCGCCACUUCCUGGGGAAGAAGGUGCCAGCCCCAGGGAUGGCGACGAAGUCAGCCAGAACUCCCUGCACGGCGCCGAGCCGCCAUAUAUCACCACUCUGGGCAACCCGGCACCGAGACUGCCUCGCGCCGCCUCGCCGCCUCCUCUCAUUGUCGCAGCUGAAAUCCCCGCCCGUGAUGAGAAGUUCGCAAAACACUUUGCUGCCAUGGCAGGCCGCCGCCUUCGAACCCCGAUCCCCCGAACAAGUCUCCUCCCAAGCGCCUCGCAGCAGUUUUGUGCCAGCCCCGCCGUUGACGCCAUGGCCAAUGCCUUCAUCCAGGCUGACGAGCAGGCGACGGAUGGCACCGCAGCGGUGCAGGGAGAUAGCCCACUGCUGCCCUUGGACCUGCGCGGCAACACGCGUAUGGAGGAAGACGGGGCACAGGGAGGCGACCGGCUAGUGCAGGACGGGGAAGAGUCUGACGCCACCGAUGAUGUCAACGCUGUCCUGGAAAACAUUAGUGACUUCCUCGAGAGCUGGGAUAUCGACGCUGAGCUCGCCAAGGCAGCUAGGGCGGACAACAGCCGUAGCGGCCGCGACAAUGAUACCCCGACGAGGAUGCCCCGGUCUGUACUAGUGGGGUCUUCUAUUGCUGUGGAUCUUCCGGGCCUGAUGGACGACGGUGUCUGGGACUAA